AUGCGAAAGCGACUAGGCCGUAUUGCAGCCUCCGAGGAUGUGACGAGAAUUGGGGCAUUGGUUGUAGCCUUCACAUUCCGUAUCGUUGAAGUUCGAUGCCGGGGAUGCAUGACAGAGGUAGCACAAGAAGUUAGACAUGUAUGUCUAACAGCCUUCAAUGGAAUAGGGUGGGGUCGGGGCCACAGGGUUCCACCAUGUAUCCAUGCCUUCGCGCUUGAAAGUCAAGAGAUUCUACCGGACAACACACACCCACACUUCGGAGGUUGCUUGCACCUUGUCGUCCGUGAGGUGGCCACUCAAGCAGCCAACCUUAUGGAAGGCGUCCUCAAUAAAGGAUCAUAUCCAUACUGCUCUGCAGAAUGUACCAUUUGGUGCUUGCGCCGUCAGUAG